GACCUUAAAAUCUAUUUCCCCUGACAACCAGGUGUAACAAGAUGGCCGAUAUUAUUGAUUUAAUUUAACUGUUUGAUAUGUGCAGUUGGAAUAUUUAAAUUUAAUUUCUGAAAAUUAUUUUUGGAGGGAUGUAUGAAAAGUUAUGACAAACAAGAGCCCUCGAUCGCAAAAUGGAAAACGACCUCGUUUAAAAUUGUUGGACCUGAAUUUUUCAGACAAUGUGAAUGAGGUUCUUUCCAAUGGCAGACGACCUCACGGAGGUCUAAGAGGCAUCAAAAAACACCCACUUAGUCCCUACUCAUUUAAUAAAGACGACCAACAUCACCAGCAGAUCAAAGAUUCUGUCGAGCGACAGACAGACGAGGAUUUUGUCGAGAGAUAUGGUUCUCCAGGAUGGGUAGCUGAGGCAAACAGAGAAGUUAGCCACAGUGGCGAAAAUCCUUUGUAUAUAAACAGACUGCUUAGUCCUUGUAAGCAUGACAAUGAUUCCAGCUUUACGGGAUCAAGAGCAGUUACUCCAACGCCAUCUGGUAGACUUUCUAAUACGCCAAAACGAGGCGGAUCACUCUACUAUAGACAAACUAUACCACAUCAGUAUUUAUCAGCAACAGAUCUUCCGGUUGUAUCCUCUACCGACCCCAUGCCGAUACUCGGGAGACCAACGAGAACAACAUUACUAAGGGCUCGACAAAGAUGUAAUUCAGCACCUAUAAAUGCCUACCAGAAAAGACGAGAUGUUCCGAUCAAACUACCAUGUGGAAACCAUGGAAACCAGACUUUGAGCAGAGAACCAUCUACUAUAAGUUUAUCUGUUGAAGGAGAAUCUAACCAUGCCUUCUUGACCGGUGCAAGAUAUAACAGGGCCCGUUUAAUGGAUGUGAAGAGUUUCAAUGUGUAUGGUGUGUACAUGCCUCGUAGUAAUCCACUUGAAUGUUUUAUGAGUGGCCCAGCAAUGUCUAGAUUACGUAACGAGGAAUCACCUGGUGCCCCACCUGAUACACCUCGGUCUGAUGAUGACGAAACAACAGACGAGAAAGAGACAAAACAAAAAAGACCAGCAACCGCGCCUUCUAAAAGGUUACUAUCUUCCUCAACGCCCUCUGGCGGUCGUCCCCGAAGUGCACGAGUUGAUUCCAUCGGUCCUUCCAUAAAUAUAAUGCAAGAUGAAAGUGAGAACAAAGAAAAUAUUGCAGUUAACAACAAUUUGGUUGAAAAACUAAUAUUUUUGCAAAAUGGGUUGUUUAUAACAGGGAAAGGCGUCAUCGUUACGCUGAAAGGAUUUAAAUCUCCCCCUCCACAGAAAAAAGAAACCAUUCUUCCAAGUGUGACUGGCGUGUCUGUACCAACAAUGAAAUACAAGAAAUCUCGUAAUAUCCCGGACGAUUCUUCCAUCAUAAAUCAACCUCCUCCAACGCCAGUAGGACAGUUAUCAGUGAAAGAUGAGACAGAAAAUCUUCAAUCUCCUAUACCGGAAGAGACUACUGAUCAUGCUCAAGAUAUGACACAGAAAUGUAACAAGGAUACUGACCAAUCAGAUACUCAAACUAAAAACUUGGAAAUGUCGGUUAAAAUUAUUCAACUUACAAGUGAUCCAAAGGAAACUGCAGUUGUCUAUGAUAAGGUAGAGAAUGGCGAUACAAGCGCAUCAGCAGCAAUACACCAAACAGUUUCACCAGAGGAAAAUAACGAAAGCAGUCUUGAAGGACAGAAAGUGACUGGUGAAGCUAAACCAAAAAGUACGGAAGUACGCGAGGUCGUAAAAGGCAUUUCCGGAAAUAGCAUCACGAUCGCAGAGACACAUGACGUCAAUACUAGUGAUAAUAUAGAAAAUCAAGUGAAAAGUACGACAUUUAUAACAGAAAAAGAGGAGACUACUGAAGUUAAACAUGUUUUAACCAUUCCUAAUGCUAAAUUAGAGCCAGAGUAGUAUACAUAUUUCACAUUUUUACCUCGAUGAUAUGAAAUCAACUAAGUUUUAAUCAUUUCAUUCUUAUUUAUAGGAAAAUAAUUUUGUGAUUUCGUAUCGUAUAGUCUGAAGAUUUUCACUUUAAAUAUCAUGAAGUGAAAAUGUAUAAAUGGUUCUAUUGUACAUAAAACAAACAAACCUUAGCAAUAGAAGAAACAAAUUAUUUAACACCCAAAACAAAUAUUUCCUAUUUUGUAACUUGGAAAUAUAACAAAAACAAAAUGAAACAAUUUUAUAACUUGCACAGAGAACUGAAUUUUCAACAAUUUGUUUUUAUAUAUAUUAUAAUGUAAUGAUACAGAACACACUACUGUAAAAUACUGCUGAAUUUAGUGCUGAUGUCAGAUCUUUUCCAUUCAAUAAGUGUGUCUAAAUUCGGAUAAACGGGGAGGGUCAUUUUGAAUUUCGGCGCAUGUUCAUGGCUGAGGAACAAUAGUGACACCGGAAAAAAUGAAUAUUCUAGUAUGUCUUGUUAUUAUCGUAUGCCUACAAAAUCGUUUUAUUCAUAUUAUGUACCAGCUAAGAUAUGCGUUUAUGACUUGUUUUUUGUUUUAAAUUCAGGAAUAGCUGCAUUAUCAAUACAUCGUAAAGAUCGUCCUUAACCUAAUAUUUUACAUGUAGUGUUGAGAAAAAAAAAGUAGAUAGGUCUUUUCAUGAAAUGCUUCUUCUCUAAUAUGUAUAUUUAUUGUUGAGCAAUGUUCAUUGUUUACCUGCUUAGAAAGGUUUAUAUUACUUACACGGCCACCAAAAAACGCCAAAACGCAGUGUCUAGCAGUAUUUAUUUUAUUGUGCUUAUAUUUGAAUGACUGAAUGUUGUUCAUUUGCUCAAAUUCCCUAUAGUUUAUUCUGUGAUAAUAAUUUAACAAUGUUGAUUUAACUAAUAAAUUUGUUGAAAACUUU